CUGAGCGCUCCUUGAACUGCGCGCUCACUGCUCCUCGAGCGGCGUUGCAGUUAUAGCUUAAUUGCUGUGCUAUGUGUCGUUUAAGGCGGAACGCACAAGAGGAAAUGCUUUUACGUGGUGCCCUUGCCUCGCGAUUUGAGCGCCUACGUACUUCGUUUUUGUUGGUACUCGUUUUGUUUGGAAAGUGAGGCGCGAGGAUAACUCGGGCGAUUAAGUGUCAGGUUGUGUGCAGAAUGGCAUUCGCGCGACAAGACUACAUUGCCCCGUGGUGGACUUACUGGCUUCACAAUUUCCCACAUAUUAACUUUAAUUUCCAUGCAGUUGACAACACCUUUAAACCGGAGGAAGUGAACUACCAGCAGUCCCUUGUCGUCCUGGCCUGCGUGGCUGUUGGGGGCCUGGGCCUGACUUUCCUGCCGCUGGCCGUCUACUGGAGCUGGCUGUGCUUCUCUCGCAGGAAGAGAGGCGAGGAGACCAAGACGCCAGACGCCUGCUGUGUCACGUGGGCCGCAGUGGUCACGGGCCUUGUCAUAUGCACUGCAGUGGGUGUUGGUUUCUAUGGAAACAGUGAAACCAAUGAUGGGGUCUACCAGCUGACCUAUUCACUCUACAGUGCCAAUCACACUCUGGGUGGCAUCGAUAGCCUGGCGAGCAGCGCUCUGACGGACAUGCAGGGGCAGCUGAAGGAGCACCUGGCCCGGCUGGACGAGAUCUUCUCACCGCGGAGGGACUACACACAGACCCUGCGCUUCAUAGAGAAGAUGGCUGACAACAUCGUGCAGCAGCUCACGGCUCUGCCAAACAGCAGCAAGGCCAGGGAGGACCUGGCAACCGUCGCUAACCGGGCCGGCCACAUCGAGCACUACAGAUGGCUGGCGUACCUGCUGCUGCUGAUCCUGGACCUGCUCAUCUGCCUGCUAACCUGUCUGGGAUUGGCCAAGCAGUCUCGGUGGCUGCUCUCUGUUAUUAUGGCAUUUGGCGUACUGACUCUAGCCCUGAGCUGGGCAUCACUGGGACUGGACACAGCUGCUGCAGUGGGCACCAGUGACCUUUGCGUGUCCCCCGACAAGUUCAUCGUAAACCGAACGAAGACGUUCCUAACGGAAGAUGUUGUCCACUACUACCUCUACUGCAGCCAGUCCCUUGCCAGCCCCUUUCAGCAGUCUCUGACCAUCUUCCAGAGGUCUCUGACAACCAUGCAGAUACAGGUGCAGGGUCUACUGCAGUUCUCCCUCGCCGUCUUCCCCACUGCUGAGAGGGACCUGCUGGGAAUUCAGCGGCUGCUGAACUCCACUGAGUCCGGCUUGCACCAGCUCACUGUGCUGCUGGACUGCCGAAGCCUGCAUAAGGACUACCUGGAUGGUCUAGUGGGCUUGUGCUAUGAUGGGGUGGAGGGCGUGCUCUAUCUGUGCCUUUUCUCCCUGCUGGCAGCUGCCGCCUUCUGCGUCAUGCUAUGCGCCAUCCCGCGAUCGUUCAGCCUCCUGGUCAGCAGGGACGGGGACCACGACGUAGAUGAGGAGGAUCCCUUUAAUCCGCGGGCGCAGCGCAUGGCCGCCUACGGUUCGAACCGAAGCAAUGUGCACAGCUUCUGCAGCUACAGCAGCAGUUUGGGCAGUCAGGGCAGCCUGCAGCCUCCGAUGCCGACCUCGUCCGGCACGCCUGCCCCCGAGUACAUGAAUCAGUCAAUGCUGUUCGGAGGGAUUCCGCAAUAUGAGAAUGUGCCGUUGAUCGGGAGAGGCUCACCGCCACCCUCGUAUUCACCCAGCAUGAGGAAUACCUACUUAUCUAUGACUGAUGCCCAGAUCAGACCCUGUGGAAGAGACUUCCAGGUCUAGAUUGUUGGUGUUCUCUCCACACUCCAGUGUGAAGAUUUUUUUCUCAGAUACUGCAUGUACCCCAGACUGAAACCACACAGCCUCCUCAUCUCCAAAGUUAAGGGCGGAACAUCAGCGAGGACCUUUGUCCGCUCUAUACAAAAGCAUAACUAAGCGGGUGAUGAAAGAAGAAAUAAUGGGGAAAAACAACAAAAACAGCCAUUUUGUUGAACUUACCACACAAAUGCAUUCAGCUCCAUCGUGAGCUUUUUAAUAGUCUUUUAUUUGGUUUUGAAGUGGACCAAUGGACAAAUGGACACAAAUGUGACAUGAGGCCAACAGGUGUGACAAAACUUCCUGCCUGCUACAGAGAGCUUCCCCGUUAGACGUAUUGGCUUUGUUGUGCGUUAUGAUGAAGGAAUGUCUUUACCACUGAUGCUUCUAUACACAGUUAUGAUGCUGCAAUGAAACUUUACCUCACUGGUGUUUUGCAUUUAGUACUCAAGUGAUCAGUUAUGUUUUGAAGCAAUGAGAGUGGUGUCCCACUCAGAACUGUAUCUUAGUCAUGUAUUAAAGUAGCUUUAUUAAUGGUGCCAAUUUGGGUAUGGGAAGCGAACAGCAUUUUAUUAAAUUUAAGCUCAGGUUCUGUGAGAACUUCCCUGUUAAAUUUUUGUGUUAACCAUCAUUACCUAUUUAGCAAUCUAGACUGACAUUAUGCAAGGUUUAGGCUGACCCAUUUUCCUGUAUCAAACACUUAAGUGUUUGUAAACUGAUGUAUUGUGUGAAUAUGGUUGAAACAAGGAACUAAAGAUGUUUGUAUAAGUGUGUUUUGAGAGUGUACAUAUCUUGUUGCCUUUAAAGGUAUGAUACUGGCAUUCUGGUUUAGGUAUUUCUCAUAAGACGUAUUUGACUAAAUGUACUACUGUCAAUAAUAUAUAGCCUGAAUCCUAGCAUGAUUUCUUGAUGAUCUCUUCAUAAAAUGUGUCAAAAGAUUCUCAAAAGUGCUUU